AUGCCCACAUACCUAAUCCGCAUAGCCGUCGCAAUGACUAGUACUCACCUCAUCGCAUAUCGCCAAAUCCCUGCCUGCGUGAAUUUACCGAACACCACUGUCGACCUUUGGCCUGCACUGCAAAGCUUCGAGUCGGCGGAGACCAUUGCCAACGAGCCCCUCGUGGGGAAUAAAGCGGGUAUUGACCUUUUUCGUGCAAAGGAGGAAAAUGAGCGAAUGAUCCUCGAGCUCAGAGACGAAGUCAACCAUCUAAAACAAGCACUCACAACAUCCAAUGCCACCGACGGCCACCAGCUCGCAAGCCAGAAGGCGUUCACUGCGGAAGUCUUACAGGAUCUGGCCGAACAGAGUCGUACUAGUUUGGAUUACGAGCGCAGGUUUCACGCAUACGAUGACAAAGUCAGCCAACUUCUCGAGAACAACCAAUUUUUACAGUUUGUCAGUACGCGGCCUACAGACCCGCGCUCGUUUCCCCUUCACAUAUCGCCGCGAUCGGGCGAUCCAGUGAUGGACGCCAUGUCGGUGCUUGGUGGUGUCGGUUUUGACGCGGAGGCAUACGACUCACUUUACGCCGUACCACCCCACAAGGCCAUCGAGCUUCAUGCCCGGGGCUAUCACCACGUACUAGCGACCAUCAAACAUUUUUGCUCCCUGGAAGCCAACGGCCAUGCGCCGCAACCCCUGCGAGAAGAUUUCUACGGUUGGACAAAGAAGGUGACCAACCUCUCUUCCCCUCCAUUCCCUACACUGGAGCUCAAUGCUGCGAUCACGCGGGCUGAGAAGGGCUCCGGAAGAAGGUGGUCCAUUGCAUAG